GAUGGACAGUGCCGCGGAGUGGUCGCGUGUGUUGGAGACGCGGGGCUGAGCGAGGCGGCUCGUCCUCCUCGUCCUCCUCGCUCUCCCCAUCUCUCUCUCAUCUCCUCUCUCUUCUCUCUGCAUCGGUGUAGGAGGAGGAGGAGGAGGAGAGAGGCACCCCCGGGGGCGAGCAGACGUGUGACCGCAAGGCUCGUGGACCCCCUCGCGACUCGCGUUGCUGCAAGCCGCCGGGUGAGGCAGCUAGGCCAGGGCAGAGGGCUGCGAACUGUUAGGCCAUGGCCACGGCGGCAGUGGCGGCCGCAGUGGUGUCCCACAUCAACCCGCGUCAGGACUUCCCAGCGUGGCUGGCCGCUCACGGCGUGAGCCUCAGCGUGGCCGAGGCCGUGGACCGGGAGCUGGGCAUCGGCGACUACGAGGCCUUCCUGGCGUGCGCCGAGCAGCCCCACGUCAGGGCCGAGAUGUUCGCCGCCGCCAGGGAGCGGCUGCCCUUCGCCUUCUACGCCGUGCUGCGCCGCCUCACCGAGGCCUCGUCCCCCAAGGGCCACGACGGGGCCGGCGGGGCCUGUGGAGGCGGCCUCCAGGCCACCGGCGUGAUGGCGUUCCAGCCGUUCCUCAGCGGCCUGCUGGACGCCAUCGUCCUCAUGCUCAGCAGUCUCAGCCAGGAGCUGCUUCAGUCGGUGGAGAGGUUCAGUGACCUUCACGGUCUGCUGUACGUCACCACGGAGGAAAAGGCAGAGGAGUCAAAUCACCACCGUGGGGAUGCUGCUCUUGACUCGAGCUUCGCCGAGGAGUAUGAGGACGAGGUCUCUGAGAACAUGAACGAGUUCUCGGCAGAGAAGGACUUCCAAGAAGGAAGGGGACCGAAUGACAGGUGGCCCGAGUCGAACUGCUUUCACAGCGAGGGUAUGAUUGCAGACGAAGCCGGCAGGUCGGAAGACGAGCGCGAGCACACUCCGGAAGAGAUGCUGCCCGACGGGCCGGAGGAUGGCGCCGUCGAGGGCCACGCUUGGGGCGUCGUGGGCGUGAAGGCCGAACCCAUCGCGGACGAGGCCGGCAGGUCCGACGGCGGCGGCGGCGGAGAUCGAACCCCGGACGAGAUGCUGCCCGACGCGCCGGAGGAUGGCGUGGCCCGGGGCAACGUGUGGGGCGUGCUGGGUGUGAAGGCGGAACCCAUCGCGGGAGGCAACGGCAGCGAGGACAUGAUGUUCGGGGCCGGUGCUACACAGCACCCGAAGUUCCGGUCGUUCGGCCCCUUGGCAAAAGCGAGGCUUCCCCCUCACCAGUCGUACGGCCUGUUGCCGGACGGCGAGCCGGCGUGCCGCCCGCCCAACCUCGGCGAGCCGUUUGGCGACGCGAGAAUGGGCGGCGAGUGUCCCGGCUCGGACUCGACGGGCGAAGGCUGCUCCGACGAGCUGGCCGGUGAAUUUGGGGCCGGCCCGUUCACGUGCACCGACUGCGGCCUCGCGUACAGCGACACGGACAAGCUGUGGCGGCACCAGGCGUUCCGGCACGGCGGCGAGAAACCGUACGUCUGCGACGUGUGCCGGAGCCGCUUUUCGCUGGUGCGGAACUUGAACCAGCACAAGAAGAUUCACACGGGCGAGAAGCCCUUCGUGUGCGAAGAGUGCGGCAUGAGCUUUGGCCGCAAAUACCACCUGCACAGACACAAGAAGAUCCAUACCAUCUUAUAACGACAAGACAUGUCAAGUGCACUGUGGUCGUUUUUUAUAUAUAUAUAUUCCCAAUGGUAACGGUUACAUGUGAUCUGAUUUAGCACCAGAAAUGCAAAAUGAAUGCGGUUAUAAUACGAAGCAAGUGCUGUCAGAUCUGUGGGUGGAUUCUGCUAUUUGUUGUGCUGCUUGUUCAAGCCAUAUGGACCUUCCUUGUUGGAGAAAACUCGUCUCGAUUGAUUUGGGGUGCUGCAUUGGACACUUCGUUCUUGAACUGUCCUUGCCCUCAUCUCUGCAGAGCAAGCGUUUGUUAAACAGCAGCACAAACAUAUGCAUAACUAAUGGGAAUGAUUUUAUUUUGCAUUGCUCAGUGGUGCAAUUUGCAUAUAUUUGGGUACGUUUUUGGACAAAUGUGGCCAUGAUGCUGGCACAGGUAAGUCCGUGGUCUCACGGGGUCUUUCAUACCUGCGACCUAUCAUAUGGGACGUCCUUGCCGAAGGUCGCCUGGUUAAUUUGGCAACGCUCCUUGCAAUGCUUCUGUUGGGGGCGCAGAGAACGAGGCUUAGAUUUGGCGUUGCCCUGGAGACACCCACUCGGAUGUGCUAAAAGCGAAAUUAACACAUCCAUUGCAUCCUCCGCUCACACCCUGACAGUAUGCGUAUUGUGAUUUUUAUAUAUUGUUAUUAAGGGACCCCUCUUGCCAGCAUCAAAACAUAAGAAUUGGUUUUACCCUUUCUGGCAAUAAAACAGGUGUUCAGAUGUUAAAACACCAAACAGAUUCUCCUUGCAAGGAAUCGCGUCUACAUUUUGUGGUGAACAUGCAAACCACGUUCACCACAAGCAUGUGUGGUUAAUGCAGACGUGAUUCCUUGCAAGAGUUUUCUGUUUGGUGUUUUAACAUCUUAACACCUGAGUUCUUGCCAGAAAGGAUGAGACCAAUUCUUAUUGUUAUUAAGCAAUGAAUAGGAAAUUAUUGUUUUCAUGGACGGUUACAUUUCGGCAGCUGCAUUCUUGUGAGUUGUACCGGUAGCUCUCUGUGCCACUGACUUAAUGGAGGAGUCGGAUACUUAUAUGAUUUGUGCUGGGAAUAUGCAAUCAUCUAGUUAGCCUAAAUUAAGAUACCCAGCUAAAUCAGUUUUGAGGAUGGAAUUUAUUUAUUGUUCUUAGUUUUAUAAUAAUAAAAUGAAUUGAGUCUUCAUGUUUAUGAUUAUAUUUUUCAUGCCAUUAAAGUAAUGCCAUAUAUGUUAUCUCAAAUGAAAUUCAGCAGAGUACAUUUGUUUCCUUGUGUGUUUAAAACUCACGUGCCAUCGCACACAUUCAUAAUAUGCCUUUUUAGUUGUCAGAAAAUAUUUAGCAUAAGGCAAAUACAUUUGAACAUGUACUACAUUGAAUAUGGGUUACCAAAAGUUACCAACCAAUAUAAAAAAAACAAUGAUGUCUCUUCCCCAGUUACGCUGCAGUUGUGCCAUCAGCUGUGAGAUGAACAUGUUUACAUGAAGCUUGCAGAACGUAGCGCAUACAUCGAUACUCGAGACCAGGCUCCCUGCAAGGUUCCAAACGAGAACUUUCAAGGCCCCGUUAAUGUCCUUGUCCCACACUUGAUGGUGCCCUGCUGCUGUGGACAUGCUCACCACAAGGCAAUCAGACUGAAAAUGUUAUCCUCAGAGCAGGAAAUAUGUCAAGAUAUUGAUAAUUCACCAUUG